CCCCUUCUGUGUGCUGAACUGGAUCUUGCUUGGAGGACUGAGUCUGGAACCUUAAUCUUGGCUGGAAUUUUUUUUUUUAAAGAAUGUUGGACAAUUAGCUCCUCUUGAGCAGCGAUUUUGCUUGCUUAUCAGGAGUGGUCUCCAUGUAGAGCUGGAUACGGGGAGAAAACAGUGGUGGUUUUUCCAGCUGUUGAUUGUCCACACCCUUAAGGAUUUCCUGUUGUGUAGAGAGGCAUGGAUGGGAGUUUGCUUCCUGCAGAGGGGUGUCCACCCCUUCAUAGACAUUACAAUGAAGUAGGAGCCAAGCAGCUUACUAAGAAAUCUAAACGGGGUGUUCUUUUUUUUGAGGUGGAGAUUCUGGAUGCCAAGACCCGAGAAAAGCUGUGCUUCCUGGACAAGGUUGAGCCUAAUGCUACCAUAGCGGAGAUCAAGAACCUCUUCACUAAGUCCCAUCCUCAGUGGUAUCCAGCCCGGCAGUCUCUGCGACUGGAUCCUAAGGGGAAGUCUCUAAAAGAUGAAGACAUCCUUCAGAACUUGCCGGUGGGCACCACAGCAACACUGUAUUUUCGAGACUUGGGAGCACAAAUCAGCUGGGUAACGGUGUUCCUCACAGAGUAUGCUGGACCCCUGCUCAUCUACUUGCUCUUUUACUUCCGGGUACCCUUCAUCUAUGGUCAUAAGUAUGACUUCUCCUCCAGCAAGUACUCUGUUGUACACUUGGCCUGCAUUUGUCACUCUUUCCACUACAUCAAGCGCCUCUUGGAGACCCUCUUUGUCCAUAGGUUCUCCCAUGGCACAAUGCCCUUACGUAACAUCUUCAAGAACUGUACUUAUUACUGGGGCUUUGCUGCCUGGAUGGCAUACUACAUCAAUCACCCAUUGUAUACUCCACCAGCAUAUGGACACGAACAAGUGAAACUGGCACUUAUCAUAUUUCUGUUCUGUCAGCUGGGAAACUUCUCAAUUCAUAUUGCUCUGCGGAACCUGCGCCCUGCUGGUUCCAAGGCCAGGAAGAUCCCAUAUCCUACCAAGAACCCCUUCACGUGGCUUUUCUUGCUGGUCUCCUGUCCUAAUUAUACCUAUGAGGUGGGAUCCUGGAUUGGCUUUGCCAUUAUGACUCAGUGCCUUCCAGUGGCUCUGUUCUCCUUGGUUGGAUUUAUCCAAAUGACGAUCUGGGCAAAGGGGAAACACCGAAGUUAUCUAAAGGAGUUCCGGGAUUAUCCGCCACUGCGUUCACCCAUUGUCCCUUUCUUGCUCUGAGCUGGAGGCACUUGCCGCUAGGUCUGGGCGGAUGGUUCUGUUUCUGUUUUUUACCUUGUGAGCAGGUGAUAUUGGAUUCUAAAAUGAGGUUUUCCUCUUGCUGCCUGCACUGUGAUCUGAGGGAAGCUGUAGGGAUUUCCUUGCUUUUGUAAGUUGCUGCCCCCUCCCCACAGAACCUUUUGUCCUUAUCCCAUUCCAAAGCCUUUCUGAAGUUGGGAGCAGCCUUUCCUACAAAGCACCCAUCAAGUCAAAAGCUUCAGCAAAGGGAACAGUCAAAUUUUCAAGAGAACAAAGCAACAGCUGGGUCCCAAGUCUGCAGGAGCAGGUUCCAAAAGCUAAAUCUAGGCAGCUGGCACCUGGCCUAAGGUGAAAACUAUUAUCUCCCCCACUAGUGCUUAGGAGAGCAGGCCUAGGCUCUAGUAUAGUUCAUCAGUGUAAUUUAGGAGCUGUCUCCUAGCUCAGCUUUGAGCAUUCUUCUUGACAAAGUGAGCCCCCUAGUGCCAAAUACUGGUAUGGCAUAAGUCUACUUUGCCACUGCUCUUUCUGGAAUGCUUCCCUAUUCUGAACGUUCCUAGCUUUCUGGAGGGAGUAGCACUGAUGCAGAUGAAACUGUCUUCAUCUCUUAUGCAGCAUGGCUUUGUGCAUCCUCUGGCCCUUGCUCCAAAAGUAGGUGUUGGUACCUGAAACCCAAAGCGAAGUAUGAUAUGAACAGCAACAUCAGGUGUGUUCUUCUCUUCCAGUGCAGUUGUGAUUAUAUAAUUCUAGGCAAGCAGGGUAGGUUGUGAGAUGCGAAAGAUUUGGAAAGUUUUCAGAGAAUCUAUCUACUGCUAUAGAGGCAAAGGGGGCAUGUUAGGUGUGACCAGGGAGCAGCCGACACAUUAUAUGGGUGGCUUCAGUACCAUCCACAGUGCAAGCCAGCACCUCCUUUGGCAAGUGAAUGGAUUCGGGUUAGCACUCAGCAGCCCUCCUCAGCCCACAUGUGAAGCAUAUACUGUCUAGGAUGUCAAGUUAUGCCUUGUAUAGCUGGAAGAGGAGGUCCUUGAAAUGAGGUUGUGAAAAACAAAGCUUUUGCAUAAGCUGCCAUUCUAUUGCCACUCCAUGCAUUACUUUGGACAUCAGGCUCACUCCUGCUCGUUCCAUAUAUGUGGUAUCAAAACUGCUAAUGGUGUCAGAAUUCUGCAAGAGAAAGCUGUACCUACAGCUGCAUUGAGGCUCUUGGGGCCGAGUGGGAAUUCUUUGAUAGCUAGUGGCUGUUUCAAGUCCCUAAAGAGAGGAAAGGCCCGAAGGUCUUACUAUGGGGAAAAUUCAGUGUUACAGAAAUUUUGACAGCCUUCCUGAGUGGAACUUGCUUCUCCUUUCCCAUUUUGUCUUAAUGUCACCGACGUUGCAAUCCUGUGAAAACUUAAUUGGAAGCAAGCCCUAUUUAACUCAGUGCAAACUUCUAAGUAAACAUGCCUAGGAUCAGGUCGAAAGUUUGCAGUAGUCUUUGUUUAUGCUGCAUGUGAGUAGUCAGAUACUGGAAACCUGCUGGGCUCCAUGGCAGCUGUUUAAAUGAGCCACUGACUUGCUAUGGUCUGUUUCAUGUGGAACCUUCUUCCUUCUUGGAAUUCCAACAAUAAAAAUAAUCCAACCCCCA